AUGUCGUCAACUACUGAUAUCAUCACACUUGAGAACUUUGCAUCUACGAUGCCACCAUGGGACCCCAACCUCUCCAACCACCUCUACGCCCUAGUCGACAUGGGAAGCAAUGGUAUUCGGUUCUCCAUCUCAGAUUUAUCGCCCCCGCAAAGUCGUUUUCUCAGAUGUAUAUAUCGCGAGCGCGCUGCUAUCUCUUUAUUUGAUGCCCUUCAUAAGUCGGCUUCAAGCGGUCCUUUGACAUUUUCUUCAGAUGUUAUCGCACAGGUGUCCAUGACACUAGCUCGGUUCAAGUCUAUCGCUAAUGACUACCGGGUACCGAUGGAACAUAUUUCUGUAUUCGCUACAGAAGCUAUGCGGAAGGCUGAAAAUGCAGCUGAGAUGCUGGACGCUGUUUUAGAGAGUUCAGGACUUAGUGUUUACGUGCUAGCGCCAGAAGUCGAAACUCUGUUCGGCUCUAUGGGUGCGAGAAGCGGCUUUGACACAGUGGAUGGGCUGUUUCUUGAUUUAGGGGGCGGUUCGGUGCAGAUGACUUACUUAAACUCUUCUCUCGAUGACUACGAAAUUGUAGCUGCGAAAACGGGAAAGAGUCUGCCCUUUGGAGCUGCCAAGCUGAUGAAGGUCCUGGAGAGCGAUGAGGGAGAGGCCCAAGUCGCUGCGGUGAAUAGUCUGCAAGCGGGCAUGCGAGAUGCCUUCGCCCAGCUCCAACAGCAGUUCCCGCCGUUAAGGGAGACGCAGAUCAACCAAGGUAGUAGUGGUGUCGACGUCUUCCUUUGUGGCGGUGGAUUUAGGGGCUAUGGUAGCCUUUUGAUGCAUAUAGACCCCAUUCAGCCGUAUCCGAUCCCCACGGUUGGAGCAUAUACUGUCAAGGGCUCAUUCUUUAGCCAGACUGAACAUAUGCGCAAGGUUAAUGCUGAAUAUGAGGCCAAAAUCCACGGCAUGUCAAAACGGCGGCGUCAGCAGUUCCCGGCAAUCGCCACGGUUGUGGAGGCACUCGUUGCUGCCGUUCCUCGAAUCCAUACGGUAACAUUUUGCAGUGGCGGUAAUCGAGAGGGUGCUUUGUUUAUGAAGCUCACUAAGCCCGUGAGAGAGGAGAACCCCUUGCCACUUCUCCAUCAAGGUAAUAGCACGAAUUUAGAAUCGGUCAUUCAUACUCUGCAAUCGUCAUUACCGGACAAUCUCGAUUCCUCUCAUAUCCCGACAAUAUUCACUUUAGGACUUGGUCCGCUCUUCGCCAGCAGUAUUUGGGCUCGCAUUGGAGAAUCAAACGAUGCCAAUGCCGCAUUUGAGUUGCACCAGGCUGUAAACCGCGACCCCAGUGCGCCUGGUCUCAGUCAUUUAGCAAGAGCUGUCUUGGGUCUAACUCUUUGUUACAGAUGGGGAGCUAGCCUCGGUCCCUUUCACAAAAUGCUACAAGUCAACCUUCAAAGACUUGUCAACCAAUCGAAUCCCGAGGCUAACUUCUGGGCGGAGUAUCUCGGCGCAAUUGCCAGACUGCUUGCUAUGCUUUGCCCGGUAAGCCCAGAUUCUGCGGAUAAACUCAUAAAGGUCGUCAAAUUUAACUCAACGAUGAAAACGACAAAGAAGAAAACCAUAGUUCAGCUAACAGUUUCGUUAUCUCCCGCUACUUGCCAAGCUCUAGAUACGGAAGAGCUGGUUAGCAUUUUCAAGAGUGUUGGGAAGACGGCAGACACGGUAGACGCGACCAAAAUGAAAGUCGAGCUCACGAUUCAGAGAGGAGCUUGA